GUGGUAUCAAUCUGCAUCUGGAAUUUUUGACCAGCCACUAUCUAAGGUAUUUUUCACUGCGUCGACGAGAUCGAGUGACGUCGGUGUCAACAACUAACAGUACAAACAGCUUCACAUUCAUAUAUCGAAAGAGAAUCAUGUUGCUGCUUGCACGGCCGCUGAUACAGCGAACUAGCUGCAAGAAGAACAGCACCUUCAUCAAGAACUACGCAUUCUAGCAUUUUGCCGAAGUUGUACUUGAUGUACUAGGACGUCGAGAGACAAUUUUUGCAACGAAAGUUAUUACAAUGAAAAAUGCCCCUACCCCAUAUCGAAAAGAAGUUUCUGUUGCUGGAUUUCAGUACACAAAUCAGAUUUGUCUUGCAGUGGAGGACUGCAGGCAUGAUAUGCUAAGCCUGAGCCGAGGGGUUUUGGCUUAAGCGCUUAGCAUGAAAAACGUCGAUGGUGUAGUCCCAACAGCAUCAUAGCAUGAAAAACGUCGACGGUGUAGGCCCAACAGCAUCAUAGCAUGAAAAACGUCGAUGGUGUAGGCCCAACAGCAUCACAAACCACAGGGAUAUUGCGGCGGAUUCUCUGGAUUUGCCUGCAUGCAAGACAGACAGGAUUAGUGGCGACAAAUCUGCAUCACAGAUUUUCAGCUGGACGCGCUUUCAAUAUGGGGAGGGGGGAUUUUUCCUCACAAUAAAAGUUUGAAAUGCCGUCCACCGGGUCGAGCGACGACUUCGUCGUCGUUCUUGGGGCACAGCUAUGAAUUGCAAAUAUGUCUGGGUCUGGAAGGGUGCAACUUGUGAUGCUGCAUCUCGAUUCAUUCUACAAAAAUCUGUAGCUGUAUUGCAUGAACAGCAAAAGUAAAAGAGGUCCAGUUGUUGCCACGGCGAGAGGGCAUUUCUCAUGCGGUAUAGGCAUCAGGAAGCCCUCAUCAAGAAAUCCGUGAUGCCAGGGCAUGCAUCACAGACAUCAGGGGCCAUGCAAAAUGUGCAUGAUUUGCCUUGCAUCCUUCCAGACCCAGACAUAUUUGCAUUUGAUAGCAGUGGGGCGAUGAAGGCAAGGGGAAGCUGGUGGACAUCUUGGCCCAGUUACGAAACUGCACGAAGAUCUAGUUGUAUAUGAUGCAGCACUCGCCCCUCAUCAACUGCCGGGAAAUAAAGAGACUAGUAGGCAGCUUACGCGCAGUACUAGCAGGAGAUGAAAUAAGAACAUCAGUAGACAUUUCAUAUCAGCCUUUGCUGCUGAAAGACAGCAAUCAGCUGCUCCACAAAGUUGCUGCUGCUUGUUUCCUGUAAAUCGAUCUACAACAAAUAAGGGCGCAGCUCCUGCACGGAGACGAAACUACCUCUUGUGCAAUUUCAUACCCGAAGGCGGACAUAUGUUGCCGCUUCAACGGCGGCGCGAACGCUGGGCACACGCUGGUCGUGGACGGGCAAAAGUUUGCGUUCCACCUGCUGCCAUGUGGAAUGAUAAACAAGGUUUGAAAUUUUUAUUAGUACUUUUUUGCCGUGCUGCUGGUCGUGCAACGCCCACAGUGCAUCUUUAUCAGCGAAUGGAGAUCGCGUGGGUCCUAGGUUAAAAUCAUGUAGUGGUAUGAAAAUUUUUUUAGCUCCUGUGGCUGUUGAUUAACAUGUCAUGUUAACCGCUCAUUACUACAGUCUUGCGCCUAUCACAUCGGACAACUUGGUCUGGUUCCCUUCUGUUUGCAGGAGCCCCAUCCCGAAACCUACCCCGAGAUCAUGGCGGGGGCCAAACCAGUUCUACAUGCAAAGCAGUCGCUCCACCUGUGAUGCUUUCGCCGGGGCAAGUGCGCCGUCUGGCAAGUCACUGCACUGCAUGUGAUGUGAAUUUGUCUUGCGCAUAGAAGUUUUCAACUUCAAGUGGUGCGUGACUGCGUGAUAAACACGCACGCACGCACACACACACAAACACAAACACACGAAAAAGAGAAGGAACGACGAGUGCCGGUUGUCACAUAUGCAUUGCAAAUAUGUCUGGAUCUGGAAGAAGAUUGCAAGACUCGUCAGGCUUGUGUGACAUGACUCUGUUGAACUCUGUGUCGCAUAAGCGCGAAAAGAUCCUCUUGAUUACCUUUGACGCAAAAAACAAAAACGCGGCUUAAAUAUGCGGUACACGCAACUACAAGACAUAGCAGCUCGAAAACUUGUCAUGCUUGCGUUUGGGUGCCGGUGCGUAUUGACAAUGUACUGCGCUGAUCUUAGACAUAAUUCUUGACCGACUUGCGUCACAACAUUCCACGCCAAGACGUGCUUGCGUUUGAUAUUACAUGUUAUAGCGCUAAUUUGGUUGGCAAUGGCGUCGUGGUUCAUAUCCCGACGAUGCUGAAAGAGCUAGAGGCGCUCAGGUCCUACGAUGCUAACGCCUUGUAUCCCAGUGCACGAUGAAGAAGAGCCGCGCUUCCCCGCUCGUCCUCGUGUGAAUAAGAAUUACUUAACUUGCAAGCAAGAGACGCGUGCCGAGACAGGAGUAGCAGACACAAUAAAAGGCAACAGGCGACGAGAUAGAAGAGAUGUACUGGGCUCUGCAUGCUGAUGAUGAUGAUAAGUCGCGUAAGAACCCGUACGAACGGCGAAGUAGAUGUUAUCGUGCUGCUUGACAGAGUAAGUACAGCUUGCAGGCCUGCAAGUUGACGUAGUGCUGUAACGGGAGUUCAGUCACACCUGGCUUGCAAGGCAAAAAAGGGCGGGGACGUCGGCGGAGUUGGGGACCCUCGUCAUACCGUAUCCUGUGCAAGGGUCUCGUAGUCGUACGAGCUGCACCAACCUGGCAUUUUUGGUCUGCUCUCUUGCUUGAAUAUGUGUGAAACUUUUCGAGCAAAUUUGUGAUGCGAAUCAUAGUUGUCAGACAAGGUAAGUACGAAACUUUUGCAAUGCAUAUACCGUGUCCCGACUCUACCUUUCUUCGCGUAUGAAAGGAAGACAUCGUGAAAUGCACCAUCUUCUUGUUUACAAAAGCAACCCUUUGCAAUUCUCUCUGCAUGAUCACAAAAAUAUAGAACGACAACAAAUACAAAUGUCCUGUACUGGGGAAAUUCAUUGUCGUGAUGCCGAAAAUUUUUUGUACUCUUUGACCCGAAUUGGAAAAUAUGAAUCGGGGCUUUGCUUCUGGUUCUGUGAAGAAGAUGAAGAGGGUGUUGUUGAUGUUUUUUCUGCGGACAUUGAGAGCGUCCUUGCUGCUGGAUGUGCACCAGGAAGUGGACGGAUUGUUGGAAGCAGAAAAAUAUGCAUUGCAAAUAUGUCUGGGUCUGGAAGAAUGCCAGACUUGUCACAAGUCGUUCUCUUCCCUGUGCUGUACCAAGGUCUUGUUUCCAGACAAAACACGAGACAUAUUUGCAGUUGAUAAAAAAGCCAAGUCCACCGGGGUGGCCAUAGGUACCACGAAGAGGGGAAUCGGGCCGUGUUACUCCACCAAGAUCUUGCGCAACGGGCUGAGAAUAGGGGACUUGGUGCACUUUGAAACGUCGUUCGCCCCCAAGCUGAAGGAGCUGCUCGACUUCUGUUCCGCGCACUACGGAGUAAAAGCGGACUAUGAUGCGGAAUUGGCUAGGUAUUUGUUGCAAAACCACGUUCCGGAUCGCCGUGUAUAAUAUAGUCCUUAAUCGUGCGGGUACUUACCUACGCCACGGUCGUGUCAGAGCAACGAGGCCGCAGCCGCGGUCUUAUUCAGCACGGUGCACGACAGCAUGAUCCCAAGAACUUACUACAAUUUUGAUUGCAGGUAUAAGGAGUACAGCGUCUUGUUGGCACCGCAGAUCGUCGAUUCCGUGGCGAUGAUGAAAAACCACAUUGAUGAGAUAUCCUAUGUAAAAACAUCCCCACGCCAUACUUGUCAUGCAAAUCUGCAUGCUCAAAAUGUUUCUUAAUAUGCGGAUCUCCACUACAUGAUGAUGAUGAUGAUGAUGAUGAUGAUGAUGCGGAGGUCGCCGAAAGUACUUCCUCGCCCAUCCCCCGGGGUGGGGACGUUUUUGGUCAGGAUAUGAGAAGAAAUUCAUCCUCGCGGAGGGUGCUAAUGCGGCCAUGCUGGACAUCGACUUUGGGACCUACCCCUAUGUCACCUCUUCGAACACGACCAUUGGCGGCGCUUUGACAGGGCUCGGCGUGCCACCGCAAAGAAUAAAGAACACCAUCGGCGUGGUCAAGGCGUACACGACACGGGUAGGCGAGGGACCUUUCCCAACAGAGUUGUACGACACCAAUGGAGAGCAUUUAGCGAAGGUAUCUCAAAAUCAAUGAUAUACAAAAUUAAUGAAUUAGAUAAAUCCGCUUUCAGGAGGACCCCAAUAAAUUAGGGAAAAGAGAAGUGCAAAUGCUUUGUUCGCUGCCAAGACGUCUCAUUUGUGAGAGAUUCAACAUCUGUGUGUCUUUGGCGUGCCUCUGCUGCGUUCUUCUUGUGCCGCAAAAUUAAUAGGAUGCUUUCUUUCUUACUUCUUCCCAGGUUGGCCAUGAGUUUGGAACAACAACGGGCAGAUAUGAGAGUGCACAAGGCCCCCUUCAUCCUCCUCCUGAUAUCCUAUGCCUUGUAGAUGAACCACGAGGAAGAUCGCUUGAGGUUGCGGGAAAAGCUGAGACCACAAGAUCAGCCCUGACUUGCACUUCUAUGGUCCGCGCCCGAAUGUGCCAUGCGGCAGGGACAUCUCAUCUUUGUCUGUCGUUGUCCUCGUUGCAGCCAUGUGCUUCAAACAAAUGAGGGGUAGGGGGGCUGCGCAAUCCUAUACCAAACCAAGGAGAUGCGGGUGGCUUGACAUUCCCCUCGUCAGAUACAGCAACUGUGUGAAGUAUCCGAUUUGGAAAUCAUCAUUGCCGCAUAAUACAUUUUGGGUGCUGUGUGUGCCGCGUCCUCGUGCUAUCCAGUUUCAGCAGAAAAAUCAGUCGUAAGGCCAAUUAUACUGAUCUUUGUCAACACGACUCAGCAUGGUCACACCGCGAAAGCGCAGGGAACAGAAAAGGUGGCCAUGAUGAUUUCUUUUGACGGCAUAUCAUCGGCUUUACGUCGAUAAACAUCACGAAAUUAGUAUGAAAAAGGAGGAGACCAAGAAUUACACGUCGUUGUUGCGGUGCUGUACUCAACAAUAGACUGACUUGGAAGUAGAGAGAUAUGAUCGUCGUGACAGCCAUGUUGACUCAGGCAGUAGGUCUAUAAGAGUCAGCGGCGGGUACUUCUUGUGUAAGUAAUCCUUUUUCACCACUAUAAAGCGACGUGCUGACAGGACUGCCGGAAUUACGGAUAGGAGUACUGAAAACUUUCGCUCUACUUCGUGGUUUAUUUUUGACAAACUAUUGUAAUGAUGAUGAAUGUGCCGGCUCCGGCACCAGGGAAAAAUCAAAAUCUUCAAGUACUAGUAUCAAAAUUACACUCAGUACUACUAUAAUACACAAAGAAUCACUAUCGACCAAUUAUCGCACGAAAAAAGUGUUACAGUUACACAUUUGUUGUCAAUUCAGCAACACAAAUUUCUCUGCAUGAGAGAGAAAACCUGCAAUGCAGAAAUCCAACGGGAAAACACCUAUGAAAGGAGGCUCCUAUGCAUAUCCGGCAUGACAGAGCUUGUCUGUCUUGCUUGGCCUGCAACACAACGUGUAACUGUAACACUUUUUUCUCAGGAUACCAAUAUUUGCAGGUCCAGUACAAAAACAAGAAAACGAGCACCACCAUGCCGGAGGGGUCCUUCCCAGACCGUAUCAUGCGGAAGAACGUUCCCACCCCAGCUUUGCCAUGCAAAUCUUCACGCCUAAUACAAUAUAUGGCGAGUUUUUCAAUUUUGUAUGGGAGUUUGUUAUACUUGAGAAAUAAUAAUAAUAGGAUGAGAUGAUCGAGAUUUGUGACGCUGCUGCGCGAGCUAGUAAAAAACACAAUCUAUGAUCCCACUUCUACGACCCCAAGCUUGUCAUGCGCAACAGCCAAGCCUUGUUGAUUUAGAUUUGUGUUCUGCUUCUGUAAAAUUCCUAUUUUGAAAAUGACUCUGGGAUGGGGACGGUUUCACAGAGGAUAGACGACCUACUAGACCUGGCCGAUAUGGAAGUCGUCUACGAGGUAAUGCCGGGGUGGACUGAGGACAUCUCUAAAACUAUCCAGCAAAAAACAGCUAGGAUAUCACAUUACUUUAAUGCAAAAGAAAUUCUGCCACUGCCAUACAUGUACCGGCAUGCUAAGAUGCGCUCGCCCAUGACAGAUUUUUUUUUGCAUUUUUAUCUACAAAACAAAUCCAAUGUUAUGUGCUAGCAUUUUUUUUCUGUGGGAUGAAAAUGCGCACGUUCGCAGAGCUGCCCGAAGCCGCACAGAAAUAUCUGAAGAAAAUCGAGGAGCUCUGCGGGGUACCGGUCAGCUGGGUCGGUGUCGGACCGGGAAGGGAUGAUAUGUUUCUGAUGUGAUUGAUAUGAAUAUGUACUUCAUUUCGACCAACGUCGGCGUCUUCUACUUUCUAUCGGGCGGACCAGUUCCAGGUGGCAGGUCCGGAGUUUGAAAAUUAUAUAUUCAGUAUUCAUGAGGGACAUCUCAGAUUUGUUUCUAGUGUCCUGAAUUUUGAUCGCUGGAUUCGUUUGUUGUUGUUUGUUCCUAUUUACGAUAAUUUGGAAAAUAGAAGUUACUUCUUCGUGUCGACGCCGCAGCCCUAAUAUCAUAAUAGCGCACCGAGAGGACCGACCCAUGACUAAUUUUCCUUUUUUCUGCCACAGAGUGCACAUUUCGGUUGCAUCUAAUGCCCAUUAUCAUGGGUUCGUCGUGAUGUUGGACGCCUCAACGAGUACGUCAAUGUCGAUAGAUGAAGAAAACAGAAUACGAUUGUACCGCUAACUAUCUCAUUGAACUCUGUCGAAGGAAUUAUGAGGCAGUGAAGGUACACUAUCAGUGCCUAUGCUAAGUUCUCAAUUUUUUAUUAGGGACCACGAGAAUCGAUACUAAUUUGCUGGUGAAGGAGAAAGACGAAGCUUAAGUGCUUUAUCAUAUUUUUGUUCAGAGAAAAACAAUCGCAAUUAUCUCUAUGCAGCAUUGUCGCACUUCUUGACGUUUUGGUGCCGAAACAAGUCCUUGUCCAUUCGAAGAUCACUACAACAGGAGUUGCGUAUAAAGUUGUGUAAUGUUACUUAACCAGAAAGUCGGUGGCAAUUCUGGCCUCUGAUGUUCCUCGGCUAUCACGGGAGCUGGUGUAUCUAUGUUGCUCGAAGUAGAUUAUGAUUUUCAAUACCCGCUGACAUCCACCUAGUUUUCAGUACC